GGUCGGCCGUGCCCCCAUCUCCCGAAGAGUCGCUCACGAACUUCACAUCGGCAAUCAUCCAACAGUGAUCUCUAUGAACACUAAAUACAAACAAAUAUAACAACAUUCACACAUAUACAUACAAACAAACACAUAAAACUAAGACGUUUAUGUGAAUUGAGUGAACAUCACCUUUUCUGCACUGAUAUUGCAAAUUUCUUACAACAUCCAGUGUGACACCAACAACUUGACAACAUGCGUUUUCUGGUUAUCCUAGCGUUGGCGGGCCUAUCACAAGCUCAGGAUCUUUACUUCAGAGAGCCAGAGAAAAUUGUUAGUGAAACACGUGAUCUUGGCGAUACAAGGGGAAAUUAUGCCUUCACCUAUGAGACGGAGGGUGGUAUUUUACAAAAAGAACAGGGAAAACGAAAAUACGAAGGCACCAGCGAUGAGACACAAUUAAUACAAGGUUCAGUGCAAUAUAAUGCACCCGAUGGUACACCAAUUGCAAUAAGUUGGACUGCCGAUGAAUUUGGUGCUCAAGUAUCAGGUACACAUGUACCAACACCACCACCAAUUCCACCAGCAAUUCAACGUGCACUCGAUUGGUUGGCAAAACAACCAUCAACAACUGAACAACCUGAAAAUGAGUCUGAAUAUAAAGAGCCAAUUAAAAAGAAGCCAGUUUUAUUGAAACAACAAUUUCGACCACCACAAGCGAGAAGAAAUUAAAAUUUAAUUUUUAUUUUUUUUUUAUAUAUUUUUAGAAUUUAGGUGAAAAAAUAAUUCACUUUUUUUUUUUGGUAAAUAAAUAACUUUUCGGAGGGGAAAAGAAAAUUUUGUUAUAGAGAGGAUUAUGAAAAUUAGUGAUUAUUAUAUUUAGAUUUAAGAAAUGAAGUCAAAUUUGUUCAUUGAAAUAAAUUAAAAUUAUUUUUUAA